AUGGCGAUUGGCAAUCGUCGGGCCAACAAAAAUAGCCUUGAUGGUCGAGUUUGUAUGACUGUGGAGUUACUGCGAGCGGCUGAGAACUCAAGCCGAUACUUGGAAUGUGCUCCACUCAGCCAAGAAGAAAUCACUGGCUACAGCUUGAAAGAUAAAUACUUGGGUGUCUGGAAUCUUCGCGAUUGUCCAGCUCAACACGAGUUCGACGAGGCGAAACAGAGAUGUGAGAAGAAGACAGCGAUGAGGAGACAACAAGCAACGUGUCAACAAAACCCAGCAAGCACUGGAUGUUAUAGCCCUUGUUCAGCCUCUAACUCAAACCCAAUCAUUGGUCGCGAUUGCUCUUGGCGUACUGCAAAUCUUCAAACUGAUACUCAAAGCAAUGCCUAUUUUCUGCAAUGCGCUCCCACAACAGCUGGAGCUUCUUGCGGUGAAUGGACACGAGUCCCUUGUGCAAGUGGAACCAUCUAUGACUCGUCGAGUUCAGUCUGUGUACCGUUAAGUCUAAACCAGCCAUCAACCUGUGGAGCUGGUUCAAAUCCAGUCUGCACUUGCGCCAAAGCGUCAAGUCCUUGCCCUGGAACUUCUUCAUGUCGUCAGAAUGCUUGCUGUCAAACGGUGGACAUCGCACUCCAGGUCUUGCAAAGCCCGCAGAACUAUCCGACUCAUGUCCCUCUCUGCCCGGGCUCAAACGUGCCUCCAUUGGGUGAAUGCAACGAGCCAUGUCCACAAUAUUCCGCCUGUUCACCAGGAAUCGGCUGUUGCCCAGUGCCCAUCAACAACAAACCGGCCACUAUUCAAAUCAAACUCUGCCCCGGUUCCUAUUCCCCGCCAGUUGGUGCUUGUGGUGCUUGCCCGCAGGGAUCUUCAUGCAAUACAAUUCUGAACGCGUGUUGCCCUUCUGCUCAACAACCGUCAACCGAUCUCCUCUAUCAAGUUCUCAUUCUUUGCCCGAACGGAGCACAACCCUCUUCUCAAUGCGGAAAUGGUUUCUCAUGCCCAAGUGGAAGCUCUUGCUACCAAGGAUCAUGCUGUCCAAUGGAAUGCCCUAAUUCACAAGUGGCUGUUGGAUUCUGCUCAAACGGCGGUUGUGGAUCAGGCUCUUGCUAUAAACAAACUGGCUCUUGUUGUCAAGAACAAAUCACUCUCCCAGUUUGUUCAAAUGGACAACAAUCGAAUAGAAGAUGCUCGGUUGACGGUGAAUGUGGCGCUAAUGCUGAAUGCUCAAAUGGUGGAUGUUGUCUACGUCCAUUCUGUCCGAGUGGGAUUCAGGCUCAAUCUCGUUGUUCGGGUAAUGGCCAGUGUGUCGGUGGACAAGCGUGCAUGGAGGGAUUGUGUUGUCCGUUACCCAGAUGCCAAGGAGGAGUGAUCGCUCUUGCCACUUGCACUCGUGCUCUUGACUGUGGUCGACCGGGAAUGGAGUGUGUGAAUGGAGGCUGCUGUCCUCUGCCCACUUGUUCAGCCGGAGUUUUUGCCACCAGCAGAUGUUCGAAUGGACAAGGUUGUGGCAGUGGCACAUAUUGCAAUAGCGGUGGUUGCUGUCCACUUCCACAAUGUCCAACAGGCGGGCUUGCUAUCUCAACAUGUGGAGGUGGUUGCGCCAAUGGUUUCGAAUGUUCAAAUGGUGGAUGUUGCCCGCUGCCAGUGUGUCCAAAUGGAAUGGUGGCGAGUCAGCGAUGCACUGGAAUGUCUUGUGGACCGGGACGACAAUGCGAGAACGGUGUCUGUUGCCCGAUCCCAAUGUGUUCUUCCGGAGCGAUUUCAGUCUCAAUGUGUGGUGGAGGGAAUUUGUGCCCAAUUGGAUACGUUUGUGAAGGACGUGGCUGUUGUCAAGAGCCGCUUCCAUUAUGUCCAAAUGGUGGCCGAGCGGCGUCUCGUUGCAAUCGGGGAUCCGAUUGCCCGCCCGGAUAUGGAUGCAGCGCUAUGGGUGGUUGCUGCUUGCUCUCAAUGGAUCCAGUCUGUCCCCAAGCAAUGAAUCCAGUUUGUCAAUGUUCUGCCAACAGUGCUUGUCCUAAUGGAGCUUCUUGCAAUAUGGGAACCUGUUGUGCUUCUACAGCUGUUGCAAAAUUCGCGCAAGUGCCCGGUACAACUUGCAGUGGAUCUUCUCAAUGCAAUGGAUUCAUUUCACAAUGCUCCCAAUGUCAGCAGAGUGUCUGUGUCUGUGUGAAUGGAGCUCAAAGCAAUGGAGCUACUUGCCAGCAAAUGGCUCCAACAGUGAUUACUUUAGCGAGAAAUGGUUGUGAUCAAUAUGGCUCUCCUUGCCGUUUCCUUCUCUCAUCGGCUCGCCGUAAGCCAAUCUUUGCCCCAUUGACUCCGAUCAAUGAAACAACAAAGCCAAUUUUCUUUAAUGUGGCUGCUCCAAGAAAGUGUAUAACGACUGGAGAAAUCGAUGGUGAUAACACUUGUCUCCCCAACGAGAAAUGUAUUGAGGGAAAGUGUAAAUCCAAACUUUGGCCGGGUGAAUAUGGCUGUGAAUCUGAUGAAGAAUGCUCAUCGCGAUGCCCGAACACGUAUUGUGAGAAAAGAAAAAGCGAUAAAAAUGUGGCUCAAUGUCAAUGCAAAGAUGGAAUGCUUUUAUAUGGAAGAUGCUUUUCACAAUGUCCGAAAGGUUUUCACGAGAGCGGCGCCUAUUGCACUCACGACGACGAAGAGAAAUUCUGGGCGAACGCUGAUGCGCAAGACAAUCUCAAAGCUCUUCUCAACUCUGGUUCAUGU